CUAACGCAUACUUAUACCGGACGCCUAGAUCAUGUACCGGUAUCUUUUCUUAUUCCUGUUCAAUCAUACGCUUCUACACGUUUACCGCUGUCUGAUCUCGAACUUAGUGUUUCUACCCUUGGGUAGUUUCCAGUUGCAUUAACAUCGCUUUGGACAUACGACUGCAUACUCUGCAUGCCUGACUCGGCAAGUGGAAAUUUGCUUGGACGCCCUAUAGUAUAUACUCUGAACCAUAGUUGACGCAGGUCGCUUUUAUUCUUGAUUCUCGGCAUGGGCUUGGCACGCUGUUGUAUCUCAAAUGCAGCAUCACUCCGUUUGUCUUCAUGCUACUGAAUAUGCUCGUGACUUUUCUGCCUCGUGGUUCAUCCACUCUUUGUCGCUGGAUAUAUAUAGCAAAUAUAUGUGUGGGGUUUCUGUUGAUGGUUGACGCUGAGUGCAUCUUCAUACUUAGAACAAUUGCAGUAUGGGAGCAGAAAAGAAGGUUCGUGGUGUUCAAAAUCAUCAAUGUGAUUGUCAUUUUACUCCCGAUUGUCGUCUGCUUCUUUCAAUAUAUUGUCCCAUCAAUGGGAGAGUGCUCGAUCCCUGGGGGUAUUAUAUAUCUCGAUACGAAGGCAAGGUCUUCAGUGAUUGUCGUGUACUGCUUGCUAGCUUUUGGCGAGUUUGAAUUAUUGGCAUUGGUACUGUAUCGCGCCUUCGAGAGUCAUGGUGGCUGGAAGAUCGAAAACCGUCUUAUGCGUGGUCUCAUGCGACAUAAUUUAUUGUACUUUAGCUGCAGCUUUUGUUUCUCUCUUGGUGUCAUCCUCGCCACAAUCUUCCUUCCGUUUUCGGUGAUACACAUGAUUGCAGAGACUCAGGUCGUUGCUCUAUCUCUCUUGGUCACACGAAUGCACACGGACUUCUGGAGUUCGGAUCGUGUUUCUUCUGGUAACGAUGGAGUGGAUCUCACUCUCUCAGCGUUCAUGGCAGCAACCCCAGAUGUCGUAUUCUCAGAAGAUGCUAGUAGACCUUCUCCCAACAAUGCAUAGGACAGACAGGUGGACGCUUGAAGGCAUCAUAUUAGUUCGAUUAUGUACUCACUCGCUAUGGACUACCUCGGAUACAUUUUUAGUAUGCAGUUCGCUGGCUCUGUUCAGCCUUGACGGUUUUCUUCGAUACUCAUAGGACACAUCACAAAUAAGCACGCACCUGUCGUGUCUGGUAGUGCCUAUAUAAACUUAUGGAUUAUGACACGUUAUUGCAUUGUAUUGCCUAGAAC